AUGGACUCCUCAACAUAUGUAUCCCAGGAUAGUGGAUUCAAUGAAACUUUGAAGGCUUUUAGCCCAGAUUCUAAUGAACACCACAGUGGAUCCCUUGUAAAGAUAACUCCAACACAAAGAAAUGAAAAUUCUGAGAACAUUGAUCCAACUUUGGUGCUCUCUCCAAUCAAGAGUGAGCGAAUUUGGGACCCUUUAACCGAUACAAAACAAUCUUCUGUAAUUUAUGAAACUCCCAGAGUUACCAAGAAAGACUUUUCACUACGUAGGAGACUGCUUGUUUCCAAAGCCACAUCUGGUGGGAAAUCAGAAUUUUAUGCAUCAGAAUAUCCAGCGGAUAUAUUUGAAAGUAAGAAAUCUAUUCAAAUGUGUCCAAAUUUUGAAGCCAAUCUUUCCAAUGAUGUUUGUGUUUCACCAAGAGAUGCGGCAUACACACCAAUAGCAACAAGCACUUUAAAAGCAGAAGCUGAAUCUGGAACCUCAUGCAAAAAGUGGAGAUUAGCCUUUGCUCAACAUAGAACCUCUACUUUAGAUGAUUCUAAAUUUGAUGAUGCCCCUUUUCCAGAAGUAGAGAACCUAUCUCCAGUUCAAUGCCUUACUGACAGUGUGACUGAUGACCGCAAUAUGAGCAUUAAUGAAGAAAACCUUUCUGAAUCACCUGGAACACCAACAUCUAACUUAAUUUCCUGUACUAAAGAAGAAUUUCAAACACCUGUUACUAAUCUUGCUGCAAAAUUUAACUUUGAUUUAUGUACUCCCAUUGGGACUCCAGAAUAUGACCUUGAAUCCUCACUAACUGGGGAUAGUGCUUUUCACUCGCUCAGCUUUGAUAAAUCACAAGAUUCUUUAAAUGAUCACGAGGGCUCUUUCCAAGAACUAAUUCAAAAACAAAGAGAAACCCCAAAAGGUGUUCAGAGUAAAAGCCGUCCAAGAAAACUUGAGCGUUGUAAAAGAUUAUCAACUCUUCGGGAAAGGGGCUCGCAGUCGGAAGUAGAGGAAGAAUGCGUAGAAGCCCCAUUAUUGAGUUUAGAGUACAAAUCAAAAGUUGCAAGAGACUCCGUAGAUGAGGAAAUUGACACAUGCAGCGAGAGUUAUCUCUUAAAGGUUGAGGAUUUAACAGGGACACCUGCCUUACGUGUAGUUCGUGACAUGAUAACUCGAAGUAGCCGUAAGAGAUCACAACAGACAACAGUGCAAGAUAUUUUGGAAAAUGACAAUAGUUCAGAACUCUCAGAAAGCGUACUCACAAGGCUUAUUGGCAGGAAAAUGGGCUUAGAAAAUAUUGAUAUUUUAGCCGAAUUGAAAUAUAGGAAUUUGAACCAUGUGCUUUCUUGCAUACUUCAAGCAUUACCUGUGGAAAGUAUUUGCAGGUAAGGCAGGGGUAACUUAAGUUUUUGUGUAUAUAUUUUUGCUUUAUUAUCAAAUCAUUUUCAGUGAUAUGUGUAUAAGAAAUAUAUUGAAUAUGUAUUCUCCCUUUAUAUCUGUGUUCCUAAAAGUCAAAUGCUUUGAGUCACACGUGCAUGUGCACUUCUGGAGAAUAGAGGCUGGUUCAUAGGGGCAGGUAGGUCAGCUCAACCUCAAUUUUUGUUGUGGGAGGGAAAGAUUGGGGAAAAAUGCCUCAUUUUCUGGUUAUUAGAAUUAUUAGACUUGCUUAGUUUGCUCUAACAGGAUUUUACCCAUUGGUUUUGUAUUGCACUGCCAUAUGAUAUUCGAUAAGCAUGCAUAUUGUUUUGCCUCCUAGGGGUAUAGCGGGUAUAGUCAGGCCUCUUCUUAAAGUGGUUAUUUCCCCAGUAUGUAUAUAGGUUUAUGGUGAACACUGCAUGAUCUCUCACUAAAUCAAGGAUUGAGAAUAAGGGUAUGAGCCAAGCCCAAAAAGUCAGUGUAUCUGAAGCUCCACCCCCAGAAUCUAACACCUCCCCUUCUUUUAAAUAUCACCAGCCUCUACUGCAGAGCACACAAACUAAAAUUUCAACAAAACUUAAUUAUAGCCUGAUAUCUGAAAUUAUUUCUCAUGUGAAACUGUAGAAAGCUUUUGGCUGUUUGAAGUGGUCUAGUGGCACUGGACCGGUCCCCUAAACCCUGCAAUGUAAAACUUUGUAGUUUUAGAGAAACUGCAAUGUUUUCAUUGCAGGGUUAAGACUACCUCUAGUGAAUGUCUACCAGACAGCCACUAGAGGCUCUUCCUGCUGUUUCACGGAGUUUGACUCUGUGAAACGACUCGACGUCUUGGCUUGAGGACUUCCAGCGUUGUGCCACACUCCAUAGAAAAGCAUAGAUUCAAUGCUUUCCUAUGGGGAAAGCCAUAUGUACACGAUCCCCCUCACGCUGACUGCGACAAGGAGGAGCCAGCACAGAGGGACCUCGAUGGAAUUUGGCAAGUAUUUUAAAGGUUUGUUUUUUUUUUUCCCACAUUGAUUGCCACAAGGGGUCAUGAGGACAGAGACCCUAUAGUGGUAGGAAUACAGCAUCAUACAAUUAUUGGGGAAAGAAUACAAAACAAGUUUGCUGUGGUUUUUAUUCUCUUAGUGCUUCUUUUACUUAUUUAUCAGAUGUGAUGGAGUCAAAAUGCAACUUGAUCUUCAAUAUACUUGCAACUGAUAGCUUGUUGCAUUGUUACUUGUUACAACACACUUAUUUUCUGUUUCAGAAACUAAACUGCAUUAUAUUCACAGUUUAGGCAUGUUCUAUAAUUACAUAUAUUUUAAUUUGCUUAAUGUCCCUCUGCUUAUAGUGUUUACUAACUUUUCUCUUACAGUAUUUGGAAAGUAAGCUGUGAAUGGCGUGAAAUCGUUCACCAGGAUAGAAGUUCAUAUCAGAGGCGAAAAGGGUUUCUGAAAAAGUUAAAGGCUGAAGCUGAGGUAACCGUUGUUUUGGUUUUUUUUUUUUUUCCCAUUUUCUUCUUUCGUUUAUGAUUUUAUUUAUUUUAAUACCGCUUUUCUUUCAUAUACAGUAUUAUACACUUUUUUUUGUGCUUACAAAUAUAUUAAAAUGUUAACUAUUUGAUUUAAAAAAAAAAAAAAUACAUUGGGAAAAGCACAAGAGCAAAUUGAAAUUAAAAUGUGUGGCCUGGGAGUUAACAGAAUCGCAUUGGUCAGUACUGCAAUUUAGUACUACCAUUUACAGAAUUCAAGUGUAUGAGCACAUUGCAAUGUAGGAGGAAUUGAGUUGGUUAGGAGUCACAUUCAUAAAACCAAAGUAUAAGAAAUAUACGCAAUUCCAAAGUCUAGAGUGAAGGCCAGUAAAUUACCAAAAAGAUAGAGGCUAUGAUAUAUUUGGAACCAUCCAUUGAAAUCUCAGCCCAGAGGUUUUUAUAGGAACACAAUAAAAUAUUUAAGGGAUGAAGUUGUUAUGGUUGAGGAAGUUUCUGGAUGCCAACUUACCUCAAGGGGUUAAAUAUUUUAAAGGUUUAAUCACAGCCUAGUAUUUGGUGCCUAUUGGCUCUUGGCUUGUGUUAAAAUGGAAGUUCAUGCAAAGAGCUUAUAGUUGGCAGAUUCAUGUCGUUGAGGUUAAACUGAUAACUAUGAUAAGCCGGGGGCUUCCUUGCACCAUGGCAAGUUAAAGCCUAUAAAGUUGUUAUGGUGCCCUGUGUUCCUUUUAAAGGGCCACUGUUGGCACUUUUACCAUUUCAUCCCAUUUAAUUGGUUAUGGUGCCUGGCAUUGUCUUUCAAAUUAUUGUUAAACAAUUUUCAAGCAAUUCAACAUUGAAUGGGUUGCUGUUUUCCCAUAGCCGCACACCCAAUAGACUCUUCCUUGUAACUGUACAGAUUCCUACCUGCAACAGCUCUGUGAUGGGAUGGAUGCAAUCAGCUGACAAGAAUAGAAGGACAGUGCCAUGGGACUCCGACACUAUAACCACUUCAAUGAGAUGACGCAGUUAUAUUGCCUACAGUGUCCCUUCUUAUUGUGGUCUCGAAAGGGUUAAAAAUUAAAGUAACCUCACCUUUAUUUCAACAGUGUUAGUCUGUGUCCCAACUUAAAAGUAUAGAUCAGGAAUAUAAAGACUGAAAGGACAUAUUACUAGGCCUUAGAAUGGUCCUGUUUAACGUAUUGUGGCUCCAAAAGGAUUUAAAAUAAAGUAGCCCCACCUUUAUUUUCAGUGUAAAUUACUGCGGGCUACCAAAAAUGUUCCUUCAUGAGAAGCACUCAGGGCUGGACUGGCCCACCGGGAUACCGGGAAAUUUCCCUGGGGGCUGCGCUGCCACAUAGGUGCCACCGAGUGGCCGGUCCGGUGGCACACUCAGUCAAUAUAGGUGUCCCCAAUUUUGAGUGCAGAGUGGGAAACGUACAAGCACCUUGCGCAGCCAGGAAUUGUCCAAUUGUUGUACCAAUUUUACAUAAGAAAAUAUGGUGAUUCCUAGCUUUAGGAAACAAGCAAGAACUAAUGUAAACUACAAUGAUUUGUUUUCAUUCACACAUAGGAAGGAAGAUUGGUAUCAUCUGAAGAUUCUGUCACCAGAUUAAACCUUUUAACACGAUCCGCUUUAAAAUCUGUUCAAACUCAGGCAAGGUCUGCAUUUCAGACUCCAAACAACUCUUUGUCUCCAAAAGAUACUAGUUUUACUCCUCAGUCAUCUAGAAAGCAUCAAGAAUAUAUAAAGGUUUGUCAUUCUAACACAUUUUUAAAAAAAUGUUUUUUUUUGUUUUGUUUUUGUCUGAACAUAAAACAUGUUUGUGGAUUUUUUUAUUUUUAUAUAUGCUUAGUGGCUGCAGGUGGGGGAAGAUUAAAAAGGAGAAAAAAAAAAGCUAGGUGAAAUCAUUAUUAAAGGGACACUAUAGUCACCCAGACCACUUCAGCUCAGUGAAGUGGUCUGGGUGCCAGGUCCCUCAGGUUUUAACCCUUCAGAUGCAAACAUAGCAGUUUCAGAGAAUCUGCUAUGUUUACAUUUGGGGGUUAAGCCAGCCUCUAGUGGCUGUCUUCCGGACAGUGAGAAGUGCUUUCCUAUGGACACUUUGAAUGCGCAUGCGGCACUUGCCGCGCAUUCGGCUCCUGUGACGUCAGCCAGGGGAGUUGACGUUGGAGUGGGAGGAGAGGUCACCAGCGCCGAGGGAGCCCGGCGCUGGAUUAAGGUAAGUGGCUGAAGGCGUUUUAACCCCUUCAGCGCCACGGGAGGGGGACCCUGAGGGUGGGGGCACCCUCAGGGCACUAAAGUGUCAGGAAAACCGCUUUGUUUUCCUGACACUAUAGUGAUCCUUUAAGGUUGAAGGUGUUCAGUGGGAUAACCACAAUCAUUUCAUAAUAUAUGGAGAUCAUUUGCUCAUUAGAAGAGAGAUAAUAUAUCUUGGUUCUAAUAUGAUUGAGUGUGGGUACAGCAUGCUUCCAUUUUUGGUGGAUAUGCAAAAGGUCUGUUUAUUUGUAUGUUUAGAUAGUCUGUUAGUGGUGCUGAAUGUUCAAGAUCCAUUCACAAACAUCCUGAGAAUUUAUUGGUGCCCAAUCAACCACUUGUGAGAGUAAAAACUCUGCCAAGAGGAUGAAAAUGACAGAUCCACUACAUAUGCAAAACAGAUCCAUAUUCCCCUCAUCUUCCGAGAGCAUCGAGCAGACGAUGAGUAGAUGUGGUCUUUUAAGGAUAAGGAAUUUGUAUCAAUUGACCAGAAUGUAGUGCUAGCGUUUUUAGAACCCUGCUCCAUUAUUCAGCUUCCAGUCUUCCCUAGAUCAGUUUUCCAACUGAGCAUACAUUUAGAAGUCAGGAAAUGGUAAUCUAUAUGGGGAGACUAUAGUUCAUAACAGGUUACACGACUCUGGCUGUUUGUUGCAUUAGCCUGAUAUUUUCAUGUAGCUAUAUGGAAUAAGACUGAGUGGAUUUGGCAUGAAAGGAGCGGAUAUGUGGCAGAGAUACAGAAAACCAGGCUCUUUGCCGUUUGUUUUUCUGUGUCUAUAUAUUGUGGUGGGAUUUUUGAAGUACCCACAGAGUGUAAUCAGCAGCUAUACCAAAUAAUUAAAUUAUCCAUCACAAAGCACCAUCUAUUUCCACACCUGUUGUGUUCCAUGUGUGGCAGAGAUGACCUAUUCUACUUCCAUUUGGACCCAUCUUGAGUAUGUGUGACUGAAUUGGGUGGGGUUUCUUAACUUUCUCUGAACAAGUAUAUCAACAGUGGUGCUGUCACCAUCUAUUUUCUGCUAUAUUUAAAUAAAUGUAUUUUAAAUUUUUUUUUUUAGAUUGCUAAGACAUUGUUUACAGAUGAAGCAUUAAAGCCAUGUCCAAGAUGCCAAUUUCCAGCAAAAUAUCAGCCGCUAAAAAAGCAAGGUCGAUGCAGCCGAAAAGACUGUGGGUUUAACUUUUGCAUUCUUUGCCUGUGUGCAUUUCAUGGGUCGAAGGAGUGUGCAAGUGGAUCUGCAAAAAGAACACACAAAAAGGAACCUCCACCUGGAAGUGCCCAAAGUAAGCGGAAUUUGAGACGGCUUUAAAUUCAUUUUUUUUUUUCCAAUGAAGAUCCUCUUUAUUGAAUAUUGUUGUGUGGAGAAUAGGAGGCUUCUCCCGAACCAAGUCAGUUUUGUUUUUUGCACAUUCUUAUGGCUUAUGUGAAUUUAGCAGCAAAUGAACACUGCUAUAUACUCUGCUGCAAAUUAGG